ACGCCACGUUGUCUUGGAGUAAAGAGAACCUCUUUGCCAUUCGGUCAUAUCCGCAACUCCACCCCUUCCACAGAGACGCAUACACACAAACACGUGUGUGAGCGUGUGCAUGUGCAGCGGCACACAGAAAUACGUAUAACCACUCAUAAACACACUUGUACACAGGCAUAAAGUAUGUAAAAAUAAACGAAGAAGCAUGCUACAGACUUAUUAUUAGCAGAGGCACUAUAGUAACUCAACGACCAAGCGUUUCGUGUUAGUGCACUUAUCACUUUGAUGAGAGUAUUUGCAUGAAACUCCAAGGCUUUGAUCUCUUGUGGUCCCUUCACUAAUAAAAAUACAAAUACUCUUAUUAUAUGCAUUGAAUUCUAUUUUUGCCUAUGCUGAAACAAAUACGCACCCACGUAUAAUCGCAGGCACACACAGACACACUCAAAUUGAGAGAGAGAGAGAAAAAGAAACAAAGAGAGAGAGGCGGGAAUUACUUGAAUUAUCUUAAUCAAAAAUAAAAAUAAAAAACUCAAGGAAACCGAAAAGGUUCAUUUACAAAAAUAUAUGAAAAAUAGGACAAGGAAACCUAUCAAAUUAAAUAACUAAGAUAUUUCACUGUGAGAUCAGCGGUCACAACCAGCUGAUAAAUAUGAAGUCAUAUCCUAAGAUGAAGCUCUUGAAGAAGCGUCCACCAAAGAGUGUGUUGGAAUUUGGAACAACCUAUCAGUACGAAUACAGAGAUCAUGGAUACAGUCGUGCCGAUACUUGCUAUCCUUCAGAUCAGAAUUUCAUUCUCUUUGGUCGUUGCAGCUCAGUGUCAGAAUACAGAAAUGCAUUUGUAAAGAAAAAAUUUCCAUCGAAAAUAGAAAUAGACAGAAAACGAGUUAACCCUCUAAAACAAAUGGGUUCCGGUUUUGAUCCUGUGAUCCAGCAGAGUUGUUAUCAGCAAGACUUUCUUCCUACACGUGUUUCUCCAAAAAGUUUGGGCUUACUACAACGAAAACGUGUGAUGCAUAGUGGCGCCCAGUUUGAUAAAUACAACAUAAGAAUAGGAGGAGAGGUUGAGUGCACCACAACCCAUACGCAAGACUAUCUUAACCCACACAGGCAUACGUACCACUGGCCUCCUUUAACAAUAUAUAGACAGAAAAAACUUCUCAUAGGCAGUCUGAAAAAUUUAGCUCAGCCUACAAAAAGCAUUUACCAAUCAGACUUUCAUGGACAUCCAAGUCAUUUGAAAAUUAACACACGCUACGCGAUGCGAUCAGUACCUGACUCACAUAUGACACCAAGAGGAGACAUUGAUUUCGAUACUUGCUACCAAUUAGCAUACAAAGAUCGAAGAAAGGUACCGAUAAGCAGAAGAAUUAGAUCUUAAUCACAUGAAUACAAAUAUCAAAAACCUUUUCAUUCUAAGGUUCUGUCUUUUCCAAAAUCAUUUUAAGAUAUGAACCAUAUGAACCAUAUGAAUCAUACAAAUUACCUUCGAUCUUGAUAUGAACCGCACAAAUUCUCUUCUCAUUUGAACGGACGCAGAGACAAAUAAACUCCCAAAUCAAUUUGAAAUAAAAUUACUUAUAUUUGUGACUUCUUUAA